GGGCGGCGAGCGCGGCGGCGGCGGCAGCCCCCCCACCGCGGAGAGCGGCGGCCGGAGCGGGGCCCCGGAGCUGCGCUGCCCCCGGGGAGGGGGCGCCGCGCCUGGAUUAUCCCGAGCUGGGUCGAGCCUCCUGGAUCUGCCUCUCUCUUCCGCGCCGAGUGAAUCCGAGGUGUCCUCGUCCUGAUCCAGAUAUCUUCCCCCUCCCCAUCUCUUUUUUUUUUCUUUUUUUUUUUUCCCCUCCCCUCCUCUUCCCGUCUCUGCUUUUUUGGGGGGGUGGGGGGGGGCGGGGGGUGGAAAUUUGUCAAGGUCAUUCCGUGGAUUUAAUAUUUUUUGUGUGUGUGUGUGCCGCUCGCCCCACCGCCACCCAGCCUUGCUCUGUGGAUUAUCAUCGCCCUGGAUCCGAGGCUCUGAACAGGAGGAUUUGUUGUUGUUGUUGUUAUUGUUGAAUUUUAUUAUUUUUUUUAAGAGAAAUUAUUGUAAUUUUUUAUUUUGAAGGGCUCCGGGGUUUGUAGAGGGGAAGCGGUGACUUAGAGGGGGGCGACUUUUCUCUCGCCGCUCUGCACCCCCCCCGCCCCCACCCCCUUCUCUCCCCACGCUCCCGGCCUUCUCUCUCCCUUUUUUAAGAGAAUUUUCCAUUAUUUUUGUUAUUAUUAUUUUAAAAUUUGCUUCGCCUUCGGCAAUGGAUGGGAAAAUCCGGCAGAGCCGGAGGUCGAGGUCGCAGCGGGACCGCGUGCGGCGGCGGGAGGCGGCGGCCCGCGACCCGCGGAACCAGAGCCCUUCCUCGGGCUCCGAGAAGGAGCCGAGCCCCGGCAAGGAGAACGGCGGCCAGAACUGCACCGCCCCGCGGGGCCCGCCGCCCGCCGCCCGCGCCGCCCGGCCCCCGCGCCGCCGCCGCCGCGAGUCCAGCUCCCAGGAAGAGGAUCUGAUCGAUGGCUUCGCCAUAGCCAGCUUCAACACCCUGGAAGCGCUGGAGAAGGACAUGUCGCUAAAGCCUCAGGAGCGGAAGGAGAAAUGGGAGAGGCAUCCAGGAAAGAAGCCUCGAGAAUCUGAAAACUGUGUAACUGCUGAGCCAAGUGAAAAUGGCCAUAACAAUGAUGCUGGCAGCUCCGAGAGAGAGGCAGAAAGAGGCAAGGAGCGGAUGAAGAAGAAACAUCCUUUGAAGCCAUCCAAACAGAUGAAGGUCCCUACAAGCAGAAGUGGCAGAAAUAGUGAGGAAGACAGCAUCAGGGAGGCCACAAGCUCUCAACGGAGCAGCUCAAGGGACCGUCUCAGUGAUAGUUCUGCUCAAUCGCUUUCAGGAAGAGGCUACUCCUGUGACAGCGAGAGUGAUAUUGACGAUAAGACCGCAACGGAACUGGAGCUGACUCGUAUCAGGAGUGCCUUGAUAACAAGCAAGGCUUCUGUAGGCUCUGAGAAGCUGUUCUCCCCUGCAGCAAAUAAAGGUCCCACCUUGAAUGACAAGCCAGAAGCAAAAGCAGCCAAUGUCCCAAAGGUGUCUGGGCUAGAGCGGAGCCGGGAACUGAGCACCGACGUGCCCUUCGCCCUGCCUAUCCCCAGCCCCCAGCCAGUAGCUGCCGUUGUGACUUCUACUUCCUCAGCGCCCACGUCGAGCGCCAGAGCGAGCCCACUGUUGAAGAAGGAGCCAGUGAUUUCAGCACCAGCACCACCCCGGCUCACACCUCAGCCGCAGCCUCGGCCGCAGUCGCAACCUCAACCUCGGCCGCAGUCGCAGCCUCAGUUAGUACCUGAGCUUCGGACUCAGCCUCCGAGUCACAUCCCUCCACCUCUCAAUUACCAAGUGCAUCACCAGGUGGCCCACAACGGACUCAAUAAUAUCAGCCGGAGCAGCAGCGCUAGCAGUGCAACAAGCAUCAGCCUCCCGAAACACCUUCCCCUGUCUCCCCAGAUUCCUCCACACCAUUCCUCCGGCCCAGCUCUGCCUCUCUCCAUCUCUAAUCUUGCUACCUCGCACUUCUCUCUCAGAUCACAGACCCAACACCAGCACCAUCCGGCCAUGUUCGCCACCCCACCCACGCUGCCACCUCCACCAGCGUUACCUACCAACAGCCUCGUGAUACCAGGUCACCCUGCGGAUACCAGCCUGUUGAUAUCAUUCAACCAACCAAUCAUGUAUUGCCAGCCUCAUUCGGGGAUUCUGAUUGGUACUUUGUCACAGGCAUCUCUCUUACCUCCACCAAUGAGUCCUCACGUAGAAAACCACCACAGCAUGACCUGCAGAAACAGGGAAUGCCAGGUGAAUAUUGACUCUUUCUCCUCCGUCUUUGUGGUACUCACAGGCCCACGGGCCUCUGUGUCUUUUUUUUUUCUCUCUCUCUCUCCUCUAGAUCACGAACUGCUCAGGCAAGAGCUGAACAACCGGUUUUUGGUUCAGAGUUCGGACCGGGCCGCUGCCUCACUUGGCCCGGUGCCGCUGCUGAGAGCGGAGUUUCACCAGCACCAACACACGCAUCAGCACCAACACACCCACCAGCACACAUUCACUCCUUUUCCAUCCAGCUUGCCCCAGACGCCGCUCAUGCCGCCCUCUGCACCUCCCAUGGUGCGUACCCCAGCCCAAAAUUUUGACAAGUACGCUCCCAAAUUAGACAACCCUUACUUUCGACAUUCCAACUUCUUUCCAACCUAUCCUCCAGCAAUGCCUGGAAUGCCACCCAUGCUUCCACAUUCAGGUCCCUUUGGGUCACUUCAGGGAGCAUUUCAACCGAAGACUUCAAACCCUAUUGAUGUAGCAGGUAGACCAGGCACAGUCCACCAUACGCUGCUACAGAAGACUCCAGGGGUGUCAGACCCUUACAGGCCUCCAGUAAGAGUAAGUAAGAAACCAGGGAAGUGGUGUGCAGUUCAUGUGCAGAUCGCCUGGCAGAUCUACCAUCACCAGCAGAAGAUCAAGCAAAUGCAGCUGGAUCCCCACAAGCUGGAGAUAGGUGGUAAACUUGACCUGUUCAGCAGACCUCCUGCCCCUGGAGUGUUUCCAGGCUUCCAUUAUCCACAGGAUCUUGCCAGGCCUCUGUUUUCUACCACAGGUGCGACACAUCCAGCCACCACCCCUUUUGGUCCUUCACCUCACCACAGCAGUUUCCUGCCUACUAACCACUUGGCAGAUCCAUUUAGCAGGUCAAGCACCUUCAGCGGCCUUGGGAACUUAGGCAGCAAUGCCUUUGGAGGAUUAGGCAGUCAUGCUCUGACUCACAACAACAUUUUUACUCACAAAGAUGGCCCCAACCUGCAGAAUUUCAAUAACCCACACGAGCCAUGGAACAGACUCCAUCGGACGCCACCCUCCUUCCCCACGCCUCCACAGUGGCCCAAGCCCACCGACUCUGAGCGGAGCUCCUCGGUGACGAACCAUGACAGAGACAGAGAGCGGGAGCGGGAGCCCGAGAAGAGGGAUCUGUCUCUGAGUAAAGAAGACAGAGACAAAGAGAGAGACCUCAUGGACAAAAACAGACACUCGAACAGAUCCUCACCAGCGUCAGCUCCAGUGACACACCAGAUAAGCAAUCUCAUCCGCAGCAACAGCCAAACCUCCAGCGACCCCAUCAGGCAGGUUAGCCUUGGCGAAAGGGAGCGGUCCAAAGAACCCGAGCGAGAGCACCCUGACCGGCUAAGAGAGCCCCCCAUAGCAGAACACAAGAUUAAAGAGAGCCGUUCCCCAGUGAAGGAAACUCCAAGCCAUGAUAAGAGACCCUCUGAGGACAACACAAAGCCAGUAAUCCAGUCUGUAUCCCCAUACAGCAAACCUGCACUAAGUGAGAGCUUGAAGCUUACCAAUCUAAUGAGCAAGGACAUGGAGAGAAAGACAGAGCUUCCCAGCGACCUCCAGAAGAUUAAGAAUGACAUCAAAGUCAAAGAGGAGAGGAAGGAAGAUAGUGAUGUGCUUGUGGUAGGGUCUGAGCCUUCGCAGCACUCCCGAUCAGUGGAGCAUCCCCCACCACCUACUUUGCAUGGAUUAUCAUUGCCUCACUCAAUGGCUGCCUCUAUGCCCAUCUCCAUGGGCAGCGUGCACCAGAUGAACAACAUGAAUGUUCUGGACCGCAGCAGAAUGAUGACCCCACUCAUAGGAAUGAAUCCCUUGUCAGGAAGAGAGAGGCUGCCACAUCCUGGAUUUCCUUGGGACCCAAUGAGGGACCCAUUGCGAGAUGCCUACCGGAGCUUAGACCUGCACCGUCGAAUGGACUUCCAGCUCCGGACGGAUCCUAUCCACAGGUUCCCCACCACCUCUGGGUUUUACGACCACGAGCGUUCUUACAGAGACAGGGAGCCACACGACUACAACCAUGAAAACCUUCUUGAAGCCCGCCGAGAGCAGGAGCGGUUGCGGCAAGUGGAGGAAAGAGAGCGCUUGCACUUACGGGAAGAACUUGAGCGUGCCAGAAUGCACCACUUGCACUCGUCCCCCAUCGAAAGCCACCUGGCACACGUGCCAUCCUUCAUGCCUCAUUUAAGCGGGAUGCAUUACCCCAGACUGAGUCCAUCCACUGCCAUGCACAACGGGAUUUUAAACAGGAACCCGCCGACUGCAGCGCUGAGCGCCCCGCCGCCUCUUGUACCAGCCAGCAGCACCAGACCUGCCUCCCCACGCAGGACUACUCCACUCACAAACUCAGAGUCCAGGGACUACUCCCCCUCUAGGAACCCCAAAGAAGUAGAGGCACGAUAGUCCCCAACAUUGCAUUUUAAAAACCCACCUGUACAUAAACCAACCAACCAAACAGGAAAGAAAAGACAAACCGACAACAACAAAAAAAACCAACAACAACAAAACAAAAAAAACCACAAACCGGGGGGGGGAAAAAAAACUACAACAACAACAACAAAAAAACAACAACAAAAAACCCACAACAGACAAACCUUUUACAAAAUGCACUGCUGUAAACUUUCUCUUUUUUUUUUUUUUAUGUAAAAUUUGUAGAAGUUAAGCACAUUUCCAUAAGUAACGGGGUCGGGGAUGCAGACUUUCCAACGAGGAGGUUGCUGAGAAUGGGAAUUUAAUAUAUAGGUAUUGAUUUGUUUUGUUUUGUUUUGUUUCUUUUUGGUUUUUUUGGGUUUUGUUUUUUUUCUGGUUUCUGUGCUUUAAAAAAAGAAAAAAAAAAAAGAAAAAAAAAAGAAGAAAAAAAUAAAAAAGGGGGAAAAAAAAAUGAGUUAAAGCUGUUAAAACUCUCAAGUUUGUACAUUUUUUCCCAAAUGUGAGAAACAUUUUUAAUGGAUUUGUAUUUUUUUUUUUUUUUUUUAAUUUUUGUGCUCUUUAUUCACUUCAAGGAGAAGAAAAUUUUUUUUGGUUGCUUUUUUCGGUUUUAGUUCAAUUUGCAUUUUUUAAAGGCCUCAGAUCCUUAAGGAAAAAGAAAACAAAAAUAACCCAGGGUUUCUUAAAAGUAUUAUUUAUGGAAAUACUGUAGUUUUACAGUCCACUGUGAGGUUCCCUUCUGAGGCCAAUUGAUCACUUACCUUGGUACUUUGGAACCGAAGUUACAGAUAUAUAUUAAAAUAUUAAUAAUAAUAAUAAUAAUAAUGUACAAAACUGUUUGUUUUUUGCCUUAUUCUAUUAUGCAGAAAAUUUAAAAGGAAAAAAAAAAUUUUGGGGGGGACUUCUUGUUUUAAACAAAACAGAAAACACAAAAAAAAACCAACAAAAAAAUUACCAAAAAAAUAAAUAAAAGGAAGAAAAAAAAAAUAAGAAAGGAAAAAAAAAAAAGGCAAAAAAAAAAGCAAAGCAAGUGUAAAUAUUCUGUUAAUAUAAAUGUACACCAAUAUUAAAUUCUUAACAUAGGUAGGCUUUAUAAAAAUGGUUUCUAGAACCACUCUGGUUAUUUGUUAACAUGGUUACAACUCAUACUCUCGUCACAGUCAGAACUUCACGCUCAGAAAGCUAAGUAACGGCAUAUAUAUACUUCAACUAUGCAAGAACUCGGAGGCAGGUCUUUAGUGGAUGUUGGGGGGAGGAAGGUAUAAAAACAAAACAACCAAACAAAAAACCCUACAUACACACACAAAAAUAAUAACCACACACACACACACACACAAAGAGACCAACCCAAAAAAAAAAAACCAAACAACCAACUCGCAACUAUGGAGACAGAAUGGAUGUGGAAUGUGAAGGGAAGAAGGAUGCUUGUGUUUAACACAAAAAACAAAACACAAAAACCAACAAAAGAGAGACUUGAGUUUUUUUUGUACAAACACAAGGGACAGUUCGUGGAGGAAAGAGAGACAAAAACGCUCCUGGAAGGGAAUUUUGGUUUCCUACUUUUCAAGCUGGCAAAAGCAGAUGGAACUGGCACAGUACCAUGCGGCAGACCCUUUCCUUAGGUUUUUUUGUUUUCUUUUAUUUUCUUUUCCCUUUUUUUUUUGUUUUGGUUUGGUUUUUUCCUUCUUUUUUUUUUUCCCUUUUUUUUUUCCUUUUGUUUUUUUUUUUGUGUUGUGGGCAGGAUCGCUGGCAAGCAAGGACAAUUUUCCGUGGACCCCUUGUGCUAAUUGUGCAGUGUUCUUAUUGGAAUCUGUAUACAAGACAAAGUAGAAUUUUAGGAGUGGAUUAAAAAAAAACAAAAAACACAAAAACAACAAAAAAAAGUCUAAUGGUUGAUUUAAGAAAAAAAAAAAGAAAAAAAAAAGAAGAAAUUCUGCUAUAUUAUCUAUAGUACAUGAAGACCAUAAGCGAAUGUUUGUUUCAGUGUGGUUCUGCCUUGAACUGCUUUUUUGGCAUGAUUUCUUUUUUUAUUUCCAAUUUUACUUUUCAUCCAUGUGUAAAUUUUGCCAUGUUUUACUUGCUGUACCAUCCCCCCCCCUCCCUCCCUUAUUUUAUUUUUCAGUGUCCAUGUUUUAUAUAUCCUGGGCUUUUUUCUCUCUAGUUAAUUCAGCCAUCCGCUACUAUUUUCUUGGCUCUGUAACUCUUGUUUCCCCCCCCUCCCCAUCCUCCCCCCUGCACCCCCCUGUAAUUUUAAACAUUCAGUUUCCUUGUAGAUCAAUGAAGAUAAAUACAACAUUGAUUUUGGAUGAAAAA